UUCAUGUUUAACCCUGCUGCCUACGCAGUUGUAAGUGUUAUUCCGCUACUUUCAGGUCCUGUAACACUUGAUGGCGUGUAUUCGUAAAAAGCUGGUGGUGGUUGGGGACGGGGCAUGUGGAAAGACUUGUCUGUUAAUUGUUUUCAGCAAAGAUGAAUUUCCAGAGGUUUACGUGCCCACCGUUUUUGAAAAUUACGUGGCAGACAUUGAAGUGGACUCCAAACAAGUUCAGCUGGCUCUAUGGGACACGGCGGGGCAGGAGGACUACGACCGACUGAGACCCUUGUCCUAUCCGGACACCGAUGUUAUCCUCAUGUGCUUCUCCGUGGACAGUCCAGACUCUUUGGAAAACAUUCCAGAAAAGUGGGUGCCGGAAGUGAAACAUUUCUGUCCUAAUGUGCCCGUAAUUUUGGUGGCGAAUAAGAAAGAUUUGCGGAGCGAUGACAAUGUGAGAAGUGAGCUGUCGAGAAUGAAACGGGAGCCAGUGAGAACGGAGGACGGACGUGCCAUGGCUGCUCGCAUCGGAGCGCACGACUACAUGGAGUGCUCUGCCAAAACGAAAGAGGGGGUUCGGGAAGUGUUUGAGACCGCUACUCGAGCAUCCUUACAGAGAAGACCAAGACCACCCGCUGGCUGUUUGAACUGUUGCCGACUCAUGUGAAAAAA